CUCCGCUUAGACCUUGGUCUGAUCGUCCGUCUAGCUGAAAAACGCUGCCAUUUCCUAAGAUCCGAAAUACCCGGCUCUGCAAUGGAAGCAUCCCUUUGACAUUCACCCCAUCAAUCCUUGUCUGUCUCUUCCGCCCAGUUGCCUGCGGCCUGGGACCCUGUCUAGAUUCACCAGUCGCCAGUCCAGACUAUCAAAGUAUGGCGCGCUGAGUCUCUGACUACUACUUCAAUAUCUGGAUCUGUUGUCAGCCCGAAGCUUUCGCAUUCCCCAGACCACAUCUCAUUUGCGCGCAGCAACUCCGGGCGAAACAGAUCACCAGACAAGCCAUGGGGAUCCCAGCACGAAGGGCGUGAAGAUAGGAUUGGUGUCGAGGCACGAGAACCGCACCCGCCGAUGAUAGAUCCAAGGAUUGCAAACAGUUUUCGGUACGUAGGUCGAGAGCAGGCUAGAGUUUCCCGAGCGGCAGGUUCAGUCUAUGGACUAUCGCUCGUCCCCAUACCUCGCGACGACCGACGAUACGCGCCAGCGGGCCCCCCCCUCUCUAUGCCAGCUAUGAGCGGUCGUCCAGCCAAGGAGCCCUCGACCCAUACGCGGCCCGGAAGUCCUGUUUUGUACCCUCCGCGACUUAAUCCCUCUCCCUCACGCCAACAACGACGCCAAUUCGCUGUGUCCGAGGAGCCUGAUCGGGAUAGUCAAGCAUUUGCCUCAUAUGGGCAUAGACCUAUGGAGGCUAGUCGACCCUACGUCGACGACAUCAUGUCUUCUGGAAAUUACUACGGCGACCGCGGCCCGCCUCCUCCUCAUGCAUAUUACAGUUCCGGGCAGUACCGCAUGCCACCCCCCCCACCACCAAGGUCACCCCCCCCUAUACCAAGGCCACCCCCUCGACUAUGGCCACCCUCUCGACCAGGGGUGACCAUCGUCAGGCCGCAUCGACAAUCUUCGCCGGAGCGAAGGUAUCAAGGGCAGUACCGCGCCCCACCACCCUCAUCACAACCGCCUCGAAUAGAGAUAGUCAUUCCGGAACGGGUCCCACCGUCAUAUCACGGGCGCCGCGCACGUGUGGGUCCGGGAGGCGAUGAUGAGGAUGAAAGUGACUCUCCAUACUCCGAGCCUGAUCCAUCGGAUUCCUCUGAUGCUACUACUACUGGUACUACUACUACUGGCACUACUAGUGGUUUGGUCAACAAUCCCGACACCGAGAGGGUGAAGCUUCUCAAGAGGCGGCGAAAAGAAAUCGAAUUGAAGCGACAGAAGAAGAAGAUGCAUGGCGAGCAAAAGAGUCGAGCCGAGCAAGCCGAUAUGGUGAAGCUGAUACGUCUCGAGUGGGAGCUGGAGAGAAUUAAGGCAGAGCAACGGAAGCUUGAAGCGGAGAAGAGUCGAGCCGACCAAGCCGAUAUGGUGAAGCUGCUACGUCUGGAAUGGGAGCUGGACAAGGCUGAGACAGAGCAGCGGAAGCUCGAAGCGGAAGAAGCAACGAGGAAAAAGGUUACGGAAGAACUACUCGCAGCGGAGAAGGCUGUACAGCAGGCCGCCGAAGAAAGAGCAAGGAUAGAAAGAGAGGUGAGAGAAAAGAUUGAAGCUGAGAAUCGAGCAGUGGCCGCGUUGAGGGAAGCCGAGGACAAACGAGAGAAGGAGCUCGCCACGCUCGCUGAAAUGGCUGUGCAGAACAGCCUGGAUAAGCUCGCAAGCCUGGCAAAAGACAUGAUGCUGCGAGAGCACGGAGACGAGGUGCUGGGCACUGGGCAUGGAGUUGGGAGACGCCAGUUUCGCGUCGACCCUGUGAAUGAUACGGUAACCAAAGAGCGCGAAACCCGAGGCCAGGACCCGCGGGAUGCCGGUACACAGAAUGGCAACCAGGGACGUACUACUACCACUACCACCACUACUAUCAGUAGUAGUAGCGGUGGUAGUGGUAGUAGUAGUAUCCGUACGGAGAGCCCCCCAGGACAACGCUCAAAGCCGUUCACGAACGGCGAUCCACGCAGCCAUUCCACUCGCUCCUUCAGCCCAUCCACCGACAGUGAAGUGUCUUUCCAUGCCGAUUACUCUGAUCACGAGCCACCAUCGUUUGAAAAUGCCGGCUCGCCUACAAGAGUGCCGCCGGAAACCCCAAGCCCGCCGUGCGACGGCGCCAAUGCGGACAAUCAAGGGGCCGGGUGCGGAACUUCGACCAGCAAGACGAGCUCCCACGACGACGGCACCUCAUCGCGCAGCGACAGCAGCAGUUUCAGCUCAAUUGCCCCUAGCCGCUCUAGUUCACCCAGCGGGUCGAGCACUUUGAGUGUGCGUAAAACCCGCAAACAGCUUCGCAUCAUCAGAGAGGAAAUGGUCGAGCCUAUUGCCAGGCUGAUAGCGGAUCUCGCACAACGCCGCCGCACCCCGUCCCCUUUGUACCGGCGAUUUCGUCCGCGUUCGUCCACUACACGCAGCCGCUACGGUUGGUCCACAAGUGACCGCUUCACUCUGUAUUCCGACUCGUCUUCGUCUGGCUCCCAGUUCCGUGAAGGAACCGCUAGGCCACGCAGAUAUAGGGAAGGCCGUCCUCGGGCCCGCAGCUCGGACUGGUCCGGGUCCCGGCCACCAUGGGUGCCGAUGCCACCCCCGCCUUCGCUACGGUCAAGUCGCCGGGGCAGCGUGGACCAUGGGCGCGGCUAUGCUGGGCGGGAGAUAACUGGACCAGUGCCCGGCCCGGCCAGUGUCAACGAGCCACGUAGAGCGGUCGAGUCGAGGGCAGGAUUCCUCGAGCUCGUCCUCAUCUCCCGGGAUCCUACACAUAACAGCCGCUUUGAUCACGGCGGGACUGAGCUUGAUACUGAUAAUCACAAGGCCAAGGACAAGACGGAAUCCCUUUCGGACUCGGAGUAUGAAACCGCGAAUGAAGGAUAACCCUAAACGGGUGGGAUGGUGUUUCCUUUGGACAUUGAUGAUGGAGGCAUACGACAGUUCUCCCAUAGCUGUUGGAUCUCCUAGCUAGAUAUUAUAGGUAGUAUGUACCUAUGUACUAGUCUAGUAGUACCUUAGCCUCCUCAGGCACCUAGCAGGGGUAAGGGUAGGGGGUUGUUAGUGGUGAACAAGAGAUGUCUAGUUGUUGGAUUUCAAAACUACUAUUGCUCCUGACAAGGCAGCCAUACUUACUACUAGU